AAUGCGUUACAGGUCUUUAUGCGGCAGUUUGUCCGCCGAACGAGCUACGUUCAAGGGCAGUCUAUCUCCCCCAGAACUAGGGAAUAUUUCUACUACAUCGACCAUCAAGGACAGCUCUUUUUAGACGAUACUAGAGUUAAAAACUUCAUCACGUGCUUCAAAGACAAGAAAUUUCUGGAAUUUUUCUUCAAGAGAGUCAAAAUCAAUACGAGUGGACGCUACGAGUCGGAGUUUCCCUACGUGUCACCAUGUGGUCGAGAAACAAACUACAUCUGCUGUGACGAUCUCCCCGUAGUGUUCUCACAACUACUCGACUCGAGGGACAAGUCAUCCAGGAUAUCGGCGCUUCGGCAGCUCUCUACCUGACCACAAUCCUCCCAAUUAUCAUGGGGGCUACCCACCUAACGAGGCCAGUGAGUCUGUGAAAGGCAAGGAAACCCAUCUGCUGCAAGUGAGAAAUCAGGAGUAUGGACACCGUUGACCAUACAAACAGAAAGAACUGAGGAAGCUCGGCCUCUCAUGGAUCUCAAAUCUACAACCGCCACCAAUGGUUCAGUUGGUUCAGAGUCAGGAUUGUACUCACCACUCUCUAUAUCUCUUAGACUGGCGU